CGCAUCGUGGCUCCGCCUUUAUGGGCGUGUCUUGGUGACGUACGAGAACACAGGGAGGCUUUGGACCCGACAAAACAAGCUCCUCAUCAAAACAAUCCUCAGCAUCAACAAGCUCGACGACCUCACUCAGACGACACUACCGGAACCUCGGAACGCCUCAGCUUACUUACUUAGCUUGACGAUGAUUGGCAAGAUCCUCUCCCACCUGCUCGGCGGCAGCGGUGACGAGGAGACGAGCGGAGAUACUCUGGAGGAGCUACUGGAGUUUGAGGAGGGCGGCUGGGUCGUUGUUAAUCUGCCAGACAACGCACCCCUGUCAGCACCCGAGGCUGACCCCUUGGAGAACCUGCUGAUAGAACACCCCAGCAUGUCCGUCUAUCAGAUGAGACGCAGGGUGAGUGGAACUGAGGGGGACGAGGAGGAGGAGGAGGAAGAAGGUUCGGAAGACGAUGAGAACUCUCCAAGGCCCGUGGCGGUGAGCCGGCACAUCUCGUGGCGUCUGGCGGCAUGGGGCGUCCCGCUGCCAGUCGACGUGCGGCUUCUGACGCUCCAGCGGGCCCGGGGCGCGGCCGAGCGCAAGAAGCUGAGUCGCGGGGCCCUCGCCAGGCAGAACCUGGUCAAGACGCGCUGCUCUGCGUCGGAGAGGCGCUACGGACACUUCAAGCAGCCCAGCCAGCGUCUCUACAACUACUGAAACAGGAAGUGAUGACGGCGCCACCUGAAACAUUGUACAGUCCAAAAUCCAAGACGAACAACCGUGUUUUUGUGUGAUUAUCACUUGGUCGCCUGUUCGAUGGUGUAAAUACUCCGCUUUUUUUAUUUCUGUCUAUUUAUAAAAUGUACAAAAAAAGAGGAAAAUAAAUCUGCUUUCUUAAAAUGGC